AUGAAAAUCGAUUGGGAUGAACAAGAGGGAAUCGACGACUGGAAUGCUUCUCAAACUCUGAGGAAUGAGCCGGUCCCCGAGACCCGUGGACCUGUGACCAGCUUACAUAACAGCGAUUACGUCGAUGCCAACCUUGGAAACAUAAAGAACUGCACUUCCUCACUUGACAUCUCCUACCUAUGA